AUGGCAGCUUUCGCCGAGCUCGCUCUCUCCCCCGAGCUCGUAUCUGCAGCAGAAGAGGAGGGCUGGCUGCUACCCACCGCAAUACAGGCAGAGGCUAUACCUCUCAUCCUAGGCGGUGGAGAUGUGUGUGCAGCAGCAGAGACAGGCAGCGGCAAGACAGCAGCCUUUGUGCUGCCGACGCUGCAGCUGAUGCACGAGGCCCUCCGAGGCGUAGCAGAAACCCCAGCAGCAGGAGCAACAGAGUCUGCUGCUCAAGGGAAUAGCGACUGGCAGCAAGACGGCAGCGACCGCGACCUGCAGGUGCUGUGGUCUCUGCGUCCAGCAGCAGCAGCAGCAGCAGCAACAACAGGAGCAGCAGCAGCAGCAGCAGCUGCUGCUGCUGCUGCUGCUCCACCAACAGUUCAUCUGCUGUGCGGAGACACAGACAACUGGAGAGGCUUCCGCGUCCCCGCAGACAUAUGCAGGGGCAGAUAUGGGUUUGAGGUGUAUGUACACCGCGGGCUGGUGCGGGUGGGAAAGUUCAUAGACUACGGCUGUUCCUUUGGUACGGGCGACGCAGUUUGCUGCGUCCUUGAACGCAGCAGCAGCAGCAGCAGCAGCAGCAGCAGCAGCGGCAGCAGCAGCAGCAGCAGCAGCAGCAGCAGCAGUGGUUCUGUUUCUUUUUAUAUAAACGGGAAGCCCCUAGGGGAGGCGUUUCAGCUGCCCCUCUCUCUCGCCUCCUCGCCGCUGCGGCCGGGGGUUUGCGGCAAAGGGUUUGAGGUGGAGGUUCGUUUUUCUCACUUUUUAUAUCCUAUAGAAGGCGUCACACCCGUAGCUGACAGCAGCAGCAGCAGCAGCAGCAGCAGCAGCAGCAGCUUGCGGGGGUCUGGGCCCCUCUGCAUUUGCCUCGCCCCCACCCGGGACCUCGUGCUGCAGACGUACAACUGCUACAAGCGGUUUGCGCGAGUGUUUGAGCGGCCUCGUAUAACCGUCGAGUCCUGCAUGGGUGGGGGCCCCAGUGGGUCUUCCUCUCACCGCACGGAUUUUAAAAAUGUGGAUGUGUUGGUGGGUACGUUGGACAAAACCCUCGAGCUGGUGCGGCGCCGGGUGGUUUGUCUAAACCGCCUGCGGCUUUUGGUUAUAGAUGAGGCUGAUGAGGUGGUUAAGGACCAAGGAACAAAGAAACUCAUCGAGUUGCAGCAGCUGGGCACAGCAGCAGCAUCUCGUCGCCCCCAAACCCUUUUUUUUUCAGCUACGCUGCACACAGCAGCAGCAGCAGCAGCAAUUGCUGCUGUGGCGCCGCAUGCAUGCUGGGCGGACCUCAAGGGGACGGCGGUGCUCCCAGACAGUGCACACGUUGCUGUGUAUACACUCGACCCCAAACAGGGGCUGCAGUGUUCUCUUCCGUUUGAUACAGCAGCAGUGGGGCCCCCAGAGAUAGACGGGGUCCAUGUGGGGCAGGUGGCGGUUGCGGUGGCUGACGCAAUGAAGAUGGACUGCUGCAUGAUCGUAUGCAGAACCAACCUCGACUGUGACCUCCUAGAACAGUAUUUAACUAAACUAGGAGGGGGGAGAAGAACAGUAUUUAACUAA